AUGAAAGGGGGUUAUAGGCACGAAAUAUCUCCUCUUGACUCCAAUGCUGGCUACAAUUAUACCUGCAGUGCAGAUCCACAUUCACACCAUCCAGAAAAAUCAUGUAAGAAAGGGGACAGGCAUUGUAUCAACCACAAUACUACCUCAAUUACAAACACAACGAUUCCUACCUCAACUCCUUGCCCCGGCAAUACUCGCGAGGAUAGAUCACGUUGGUGUGACUUCAGUAUAGAUACUGAUUACUACACUGACGCUCCCAACACAAAUGUCAUACGCGAGUAUUGGUUGGAAGUUGAUGAUGUAAUCGUCGCCCCCGAUGGCUAUCCACGACGAGCAAUGGCUAUCAAUGGGUCAAUUCCAGGACCAACGAUAUAUGCAGACUGGGGAGAUACGGUUGUGGUUCAUGUUACAAAUAACCUCCAUGAGUCCAAGAACGGGACUAGCAUCCAUUGGCAUGGUCUCCGUCAAAACUACACCAAUCAAAAUGAUGGAGUGGUCUCAAUUACUCAAUGUCCCAUAGCUCCUGGCUCGUCAACUACCUAUAAGUGGCGGGCCACCCAAUAUGGCACAACUUGGUACCAUUCGCACAUUGGACUUCAGGCCUGGGAAGGUGUUGCAGGGGCGAUCGUUAUUAACGGCCCUGCAACUGCCAACUAUGACGAAGAUAAAGGCACAAUACUUUUGUCGGACUGGACCCAUCAAACGGUAGAUGAGCUGUAUCUUGUCGCUCAGACCACUGGCCCCCCAAAGCUACCCAAUGGAUUGAUUAACGGGACCAACGUGUAUGGGUCAGGUUGCAAUGCUACUGGAUCUCGGUUUACAAUGAAGGUUAAUGAAGGCACUUCGUAUCGACUGCGGCUUAUAAACGGGGCUAUAAAUUCGCAUUUCAAGUUCAUGAUUGAUAAUCAUACUCUAACUGUGAUUGCCAUGGAUCUUGUGCCAAUUCAGCCCUACACUACUGACUCUAUUAGUAUCGCUAUGGGUCAACGUUACGAUGUCAUCGUAACUGCUAACCAAGCUUCCACUGCCAGCUCAUUUUGGCUCCGUGCUAUCCCACAGGAGGCCUGUUCAGCGAACGAGAGCGUUGACAACAUCAAGGGUAUCUUCUAUUAUGGAGAUGAGCCCACAAUACCUGAGACAAAUCCCUGGCCCUUUAAUAAUAGCUGUGCUGAUGAGCCGAUGAGCAGCUUAAUCCCCCAUCUUGAUAUGAUAGUUCAUUCCCCUGACUGGGAAGCCGUCACUGAUCUUACUGUUGGGAGGAAUAAAGCAAACCUCUUCAGAUGGUACCUGAACAGCACAACUAUGGAGGUAUUUUGGGAUAACCCGACACUGCUUCAAAUUGCCAAUAAUGAGACUGUAUUCCAAAAAUCAAAUGCAGUGAUUUCCCUCCCUAACGAAAAUGAAUGGGUGUACCUUAUUAUCAAUACCAAUCACAAGGAUCCCCAUCCCAUCCAUUUGCAUGGCCAUGAUUUCUUUGUUCUAGCCCAAGGCGCAAACCAUUGGAAUGGUUCUCUGGUGACACAGAACCCUCCACGCCGGGACACUGCAGUUCUGCCUGCGUAUGGCUACUUGGUGAUUGCAUUUGAGACGAACAAUCCGGGAGCCUGGCUGAUGCAUUGCCACAUUGGCUGGCACCUCUCAGAGGGCUUGGCUUUACAGUUCGUCGAAAGCUAUCAUAAGAUCGAGCAUUUGAUCGAUUAUGAUAUUUUGAAAGAGACGUGCGACGCUUGGACAAAUUAUGAUGAGAAAUAUCAUGUUAAGGAGGAGGAUUCGGGUAUAUAA